AUGGCAGGCGCGAGCGGCGCGGCACCGGAUCCUCGUGCUAUUUUCACCGCGCGUUAGAGCGGCAGCAGCAGCGGGAUGGGCAGGCACGAGCUCCAGCCGGGCACCGCGGGCACGAGCGGCUCCGCUCCUCCUCCUCCUCCUCUCUGCGCCAUGAAGUCUACCGCGAGCGAGCGCGCGGGUUUCCUUUCCUCGGACCCCUCGGACCCGGACAGCGGCAGCGCGAGCGACACGGACACGGAGGGCGCGGGCGGGCGCGCGCGGGGGGUCUCGGUGACCGGGCGUGGUGGCGGUGGGGUGGGCGGCGGCGGCAGCAGGGGGGGUCUCCGGCUGGUGGGGGUCAGCAAACAGCGGCAGGCGGCGAACGCGCGCGAGCGGGACCGCACUCACAGCGUGAACACGGCGUUCAGUGCGCUGCGCACGCUCAUCCCCACCGAGCCCGCGGACCGGAAGCUGUCCAAGAUCGAGACCCUGCGCCUCGCCUCCAGCUACAUCGCGCACCUCGACAACGUCCUGCUGCUCGCGGACACCGGGGGAGACGGGGCGCCGUGCACGCGCCACAGAGACACGCUCGGGAACGGAGCCGGCGGCGGGAGCGCGCUCAGACCCAUCUGUACCUUCUGCCUCGGAAACCAGAGGAGAAUGAUGCGAACCGGUGAGAAUCCAGGUGUGUGAGAAUCCUCGGGCUGCGCGAGCAGCUCCAUGUUUACAUGUAAAGACUUUCUCUUCACCUCGUACGGACAGAACUCAAAGCCUUGUUGUAUAUUUUCUUUCUAAAACUUUAAACCUGACGAUGGAAGCAGGAAGAAAAAUCCCAUGAUGAGAUGCACUUUUCACCCCUGCGUUUACAGACGUGUGUGUGUUUGCCCUUGUGUUUAUUGGUGAAUGUAACCUGAGCUGUGUGUGUAAAAGCAGCACCUGGCAGGAGGUUAUUUCAGAAGCAUGGACGAGCCUCUCCUUAAAAAACACCACCACGUGUGUGUGUGUGUGUGUAUGUCCCUUAUGUGUCACAUGACAGUAACCCAAACCCGUGUGUGCUGCAGCGGUUGCUGUCAGUAGGCUAUAAUGAUUCAGGGGUUGCCAUAUUAGAUGGUUUUACACUGUAUGUAUUCAAGCACACAAACAACCUGUCCUAAAUGUUUGUCUGUGAUCCGAAACACAGUGGAACGACAUUGUGGGUUAUACACACCAAAAAUGAUAAUGGAUAAUCACAGUUUUAACCUUGACCUUUUGACCUCUGUCCUAAGUUUGUACUAUAUAACCCUACAUGAUUAUAACUUAAGGUUAGUUUUUUAGAACUCUCACAAAUCAUCAGGAUGUUUACUUUCACACUGCACAUAUUGUUUGUUUUCGCACGUAAUCUGUAAUUUUUUUUCUUUUGUUUGCAGAAAAGUGUGAACACAGAUCACUACUAUGAGUCGUUUGCACUUUAUGUAUAGAAAUGUGUGUAUGUUGUGAUGGCCUACCUCUAACAAGCUCAGCAGGGAGAGUGUUAAAACCUCAACAUACUUGAACUUGUCCUUUGCACACAAGCAUCAGAAAGCUGCUAGUAUGAACUAA